AUGCGACUUCUGGUGAUUUUCAUCUUCGGCACACUCUUCCAAGCACUGGCUAUCGCACCAAAGGUGAAAGAUGGCAGUUCCAGAAGUCAGACCGUCUCCUCUGAUGCGCUGAAAGCUGGUCGAAAAUAUUUAAUCACGUCCUUCCCGCAGCUGAAACAAGUAGCCUACACCAUUCUUCCUGACAAUGUGUGGAGACCGCUGGUCUUAGGAGAGGUUUCCAGUCCAACUGCCAUAGCAGUUGAUCCUUUGUCGUCAAGGCUUUUUGUAGCAGAUCCACCGAAGAAGAUCAUUUGGUGGUAUCAACUGGGCUUGACCAACGCGGGUUUCCUGCAGACCACGGGAAAGCAACGUGCAGCUGUCGAGGGGUUCAGUGCCCAUUGGCUCGCAGUGAACGGUGCAGGCGACCUAUACUUCAGUGGCCAUCCAGCGUCAAAAAAUGGGAGCUUGGCAGAUUCAAUCUGGAGGAUUGACAACGAACAAAUCGUGAAUGGUGACACCUUCAAUCCAACAGAAAUCUACACUAGAGCCAACACAGGACAGCCAGACCCGAAAGUUUGGGAAUUGUCAGGCCUUGCGGUGGAUUCCUUCUAUAUCUUCUGGGGGAACCAAGCAGGUGGAACCAAGCAUGGCUCCGUGAGCAAAGGAACACGGGCCAAUAUUGGAUUGCAAUCGCAAGACAUGUUCGUGACAACUUUAGACGAUGCGUUGGAGGAGGUUCGUGGUCUGACAACCUCUGGCACCGAAAUCUUUUGGUUGGCACGUGAAGGAGUUUAUGGACAAAUCAAGACCACCUCGUCCAAGGUGUCAGACCCACAGGUGGGCCUCAUCGCUCCUCCACAUUCUUUGGAUUGGAAUCCAAUGAGAUUGAGUCGGAUAGAGCAUGGCAUGGACAUUUUCCAUGAUCAAAUGUUGAUCAAGCUUGUCGCCCUGCAGCAAAAUGGUAUGGCUAUAGCUUAUGCCGGAAAGGAGCUACAGGCCAAUCGUGAACUGCUGGAGGUUGCGCUGCACAAGAGCGGCGAGGCACUCGAACUGCUGGAGGCCUUUCAAAACGACGAGGAAGUGGUCCUCUGGGCUGUGCAAACAUCCGGCACUUGCUUACGUUUUGCUUGUGACGAGCUCCGAAAGGAUCCAGAUCUUUGCCUUGAGGCAGUGAGACAGAACUGGCAAGCCAUCGAGUACUGCGAUCCCAUACUCUACUCAGACUGGGACUUCAUGAAGCAGGCGAUUCGCUCGAGCUGGCGGUGUCUGUCAUUUGCACAUCCCGAUCUUUGUAACGACAAAGAGGUGGUGCGGAUUGCCUUGAGGCAGAGUUGGCUCGCCAUGGCCCAAGCCUCUGCGUCGGUCCGACAGGAACGAGACUUGGUCCAGGAAGCCGUGCAGACCGGUGCCUGGCAGGUGCUGCUCCAUGCAGAUCCUGCACUGCAAGAUGACGAGGAGCUGGUGCUUCAAGCCGUCGAAAGCAGCGGCUUCGCCUUGAGCUGUGCUUCUCAACGGCUUCGCGACCACGAAGAGCUGGUCUUCCGAGCCGUGGGCGAUCAGCCAAUGGCGUUGGAGUAUGCUUCUGAGCGGUUAAGAGAUCGAGAGGAUUUGGUCUUUCCAGCUGUGCAGAUGGACCGCUGCGCUUUGGAGCAUGCCACUGACCGACUCAGAGGUUCCUUUCAAUUCGUCAUGCGUUGCGUUGAAAGCAAUGGCAUGGUCUCAGAGUUUGCAUCAGAAGAGCUCCGAGCAAACGAGGAAAUCAUGACGGCUGCCGUGAGUCCGGGGCCGAGCUGCGAGAUCUGCAAAGAUUCAGUACGACAGCCCUCUGGACGCAAGCGGAUCAAGCUGGCUUUAGACCCAGAAUUCCAGACGGAAGAAGCUGGAUGCAAGCUAUGGCUCCAUGGCAUAAGCUAUGACGAAGCAGAGAUGGAUUCGGCGAGCACUUUCCAAUGUGACCUCCAGAAGCCGUCACCUCAAUCUGUAGUGCCUCCAAUGCCAGCGGCGAAGUCCACGGCACUCUUUACACAGGAUCCUAUGAAGGUUCCUUGCAUGGGCGGUUGUGUGGAGCUGCAGCAGGAACAUAGCAAGCAUUUGUUGCCUGAAGAAGUGGUGCUUUUUGAGCCCACAGAGGAGGAAAUGUUUGCAGAAUCUAAUGCUCGGCAUGGCUCACGGCUGAUUUUCCUGAACACGCCACUCCUGCCGUCAGAGGUGGAUGCUCUUGUGGCCUUGCGCAAGGAGUGGAUGCGCCGUGGAAAAGGUCGAGAUGAACUGCCCGAGUUCAUUCGGCUUUCUGCUUUGCGGAUCAUGCAACACAAGAGGUUCGACCCUUCCCGGGCAAUGGACCUCGUGCAGACUUGCUUGGACGAGCGAGUGAGGCGUUUGCCGCUGCGAGAGGAGGAUUUGCUGGCUGACCUCAGCUAUGGUGCAAUGUACUGGCAUGGACGGGAUCGCAAAUGUCGGCCCUGCCUUGUAGUGCGAAUUGAACGCUUUGCAGAGCUUAUCAAGGAAAGGGAGAGAUGUAUCAGGAUGACCAUUUUUGUCUUGGAAUACGCUCUUCGUUUUGCCAUGGUGCCUGGCCGAGUGGAGAAUUGGGUAGUGCUGGUGGAUUUUGAGAAUGCUUCUGACAUCAUGUCCUUCUAUCAGCUACCGACAAUGUGUCUGACUGCAAAGGCUUUGUCGCAAACAUUAGAAAGUGUCUACUGCUGUCGCAUGGUUUGGGUCAAACUACUCAACUUGCCGACCAUCCUCAGUCGCAUCGUUCAAAGUGUCAUCCCUGCGGAUAAAAAGAAGAAGGUUAGUGCGAUUGAGGAUUACAAGAAGGAGCUGCUCAAGUAUUUCGAGCCAUCCCAGUUAGAGGCUCGAUACGGCGGUACUCGUCGAGAUUUGAAAGGCCACGA